AUGCUCCUCGCCGCCUCUCACGCCGCCGACCUCACCGUUCCCGACGGCGGCUACGGCUGGGUCGUGGUGGGCGCCUGCGCCGUCGUCGUGUGGUGGGCCAUCGGCACCUGCUACAGCUGGGGCGUCAUGCAGGAGGCCCUCGUCGCCGACGGCCUCUCCUCGCCCGCCGUGCUCUCGUUUAUCGGAGGGCUCGACGCCGCCCUCAUCUCUGCUCUGGCCAUUAUCAACUCGAGGUUCAUCCGCGGCGUGGGCGUGCGUGCGAGCUGCAUGCUUGGCGUCGGGCUCAUGGGGGCGAGCGAGAUCUUGAGUGGGUUCGCGGUCAAGAAUUUGGGCGCGCUGUUUUUCACGUCGGGGGUGCUCAUGGGCUUGGGGAUCAGCAUCUGCUUCAUGGUCGUCUCCGUCACUCCGGCCCAGUACUUUAGCACCAAGCGCGGCUUCGCUAAUGGCCUCGUCUUUGCUGGCGGCGGCUUCGGCGGCGCUGCCAUCAGCGUGAGCCUUGACGCCCUCAUCCAAAAGCUCGGCACCGCUUGGGCUUAUCGAAUACUCGGCCUUACUACCCUCGCUACUGGCCUUCCUGCCGCUUGGCUGAUCAAGGAAAGGCCCGGUGCGGCACCACGGAACCCCGGAUUCAUAGAAUGGCGCCUUUUCAAGUCCUUUACCUUCGUCGUCAUCUUCUUCGCCAGCGCUAUUGGCACUUUCCCCUCUUCGUGCCCCCUUCUUCCUCCCCCUCUACACAAAGUCACUCGGAUUCUCCACCAGCGUUGGGGCCGCCCUCGUUGCCGGCUUCAACCUCGCCCUGCCGCCGGCCGUAUUGCCUGCGGUCUACUCUGCGACCGCGUUGGCGCCCUCAAUACCCUCUUUCUCUCGCUCGCACUCACGGCUGUCAGCAUGCUCGCUAUAUGGCCCGCUUCCACCACCCUGGGCCCUCUUGUGCUGUUCGUCGUCGUCAACGGCAUCUCCAACGGAGGUUUCUUCUCUACUAUGCCUACUGUCGUUGGGAACGUCUUUGGGAGCGCGAGAGUGGCGGUCGCUAUGAGCAUGGUUGUCACGGGUUGGGCUGGCGGGUACCUCAUGGGUGCACCAAUCGCGGGUUACAUACUCAAGGCCCACGGCGGGGCGGAUGGUGGCUUGCGCGCGUUCCGUCCGGCAAUGUUCUACGCUGGAUCUUUGGCGGUGCUCUCGGCGGCUUUGGUGGCACUCGUGCGUCUUCGCAAAGAUAAAUCUUUGCUCGCGAGAUUGUAA